AACCACUCAAUCAACAAAGAAACAAUGUCUGAGAGCCCACUUAAAACCGUCGGAUUCGACGCCAGAUUCCCAAACCAGAACCAAACCAAGCACUGCUGGCAAUCAUAUGUGGACUACCACAAAUGUAUCAACGCUAAGGGUGAGGACUUUGAGCCAUGUAAGGUUUUCUUCAAGACUUACUCUGCUCUGUGUCCAGUUGACUGGGUUGAGAAGUGGGAUACCCAAAGAUCCAACGGUAACUUUGCUGCUGACUUGAACUAAGCGCUCCAUCAUGGAGCGAAUUCACCGGGAAAGAUUGAGAUGAGAGUUUUCCGUGAGGCUCAGGUGUAGGUGACAGUGAAGGUGACGACGAAGAUAUUCCCAUUUCCAAUGCCUUCAGCUUUUCAAGAUUUCUCUUUGGUGUAUCUAUUUUCCUCUUGCACUAGCAUGUUUCAUUGGAAAAGACGUAUGAAGAGGAGGGAUAUGGGGUUGGAGGCAUCACAGUUGAACGAAAACAAAAAACCAAUUAAACAAGCAAUACAUUCAUGUUUCUCUAU